CAACUGCUGUCAUAAUUUUAAAUUCCGCUACGCGUACAGCGUCCAAACAAAAGGAAUCUUCGAGCAAAUCAAUGUGAGGUAGGAAUGCAGCAGAGCGGCGAAAGUCCCAUUGGAACGGCCUUCAGCCAGGAGGCCAUCACGCAGCGCCUGGCGGCACUUAGUCGCUGGCAGGACGAGCAGAAGCGGCUGCUGCAGGAGCGUCAAAGCAAUCAGCGCGUUCUGCUCGGCCUGGAACAGCGCAAUAUGUACAAAAUGCUGGGACUGCUCCACCAGGAGGCGCAAAGCCGGGAGAACAGUGUGCUGGAGGAGUCGCAGUGGGACGAGGAUCACUCCAUACAAAUGCCACGGCUAGCGGCUGAUCAGGACGAGCAGGAGUUGGAGCAGGAGGUUCCUCUGGUCAGUCCCCAGCCGACCAGACCCAAGCGUCCUUUCCUGCGUCGUGGCGAAGGUCUAAAGCAGCGCUUUAAGAUCAAUCCCGACCAGCUGCGUCUGGAGAACCUGCCGCGUUACAAGUACGCCAAUGCUCACCCACAAUUCCGGACGCCCCAGCUGAAGAAGGGCAUCCUCAAGAAAAGCGAGUCACCACCAGCUGCCGCCCCUGCUCCAGUUCCCAAGCCUCCAGCACAACUUGAUCUCAACGAACAGCGCUUCCAGCAGGUGCUAAUCAACUCCAAGAACGUCUGCAGCUCCACGCCGGAUCUCAAGUCUUCCUACGCCUCCUCCACCACUGCCUCCAGCAUCUCGCCAAGAGUUCGUUUCGUGGAGCAGAAGGGCAAAGCCGGACCAACCAGUCAUGCCGACGAUGAAGCCUCCUCGGAGGCCAGUCCCUUGCAAGGAGUUUGCUGGGCCAAGGUGUUGGACACACAAGCAAUUAAGCCAGCUCAAAUCCAAAGACGCUCAGCUCAAAUCCGAGUGGAGGAUGACAGCAAUGUAAGCAUAUUCGAGCUACUCGAGCAGAAGGCCACUGAGGGCAACUUUGACAUGAACUCCAGCUGCAUUCGCACCUUCAUGGCUCGCAAGGAUCAGCGCCGUGGCCUGGCUGAUGACUCUGAUCAUAUCGUGGUCACGCAGCAGGUGCGUCAGAUGCGUUUGCAGCCGCAUGUGGACCAAGUGCAGAUCCACGAGCUGGAGGAGGACGAAGAGGAGGAUGAACAGCAGUCCAGCGACCAGACCUUGACAGCGACACCCAUUCAGGUGGGAAAAGCACAAGUGCGAGUGCGCUUCUCCGACUCCAAUGACACCAACGAAUACUCCGAUGCAACGAGUCUCAACGACGGAUCCAAUAUUCAGCUCUUCGAACAGUUCAAGUCCGCUCUCUUCCAGGCCUUGGAACAGAAGAAGAAGUCAAGUCCCAGUCAGCAACCAGAGGAACCCCUGACACAGGAGCUUCAGGAGAAGGCCAAUCUAGUUCGGACUCGUCUCGAGGAACUUGAGACCGAGAUAGCGACCUUUAAGGCGCAGAAUGCUCAGCUACUUCGCCUCAAGCAGCAGCACGAGUUGGAUCAGGCCAAGUGCACACAGGAUCACAUGGAGGCCAUGGAACGCGUCCACGACGAAAAGAUUCAGGCGGAAAUCUACCUGCACGACGAGCGCAUGAAGAUCGAGGAGGAGCGCCGCAAAUUCGAGCAGCAGAUGCGACUCCAGAAGGGCAAUGCGAACACAAAGGAGAAAAAGGAGAUAGCCGCCUUGAAACAGGAGGUGGAGGCACUGCAGCUGCAGCUCAAGCAGAAGGAGCAGACGCACGUCUCGGCACAGGCCCGCCUCCGAGCACAACUGCGGGCCAGUGAGAAGGAGCAGCGCAACUACAGGGACGAAAUCGAACUGCUGAGCAGGGAAAACAAGCGACUGGAGCACGAGCUGGUCAAGAUUGGCCGUGAGAACAACAGCAAGAUGCUGCAGGAGAUCAACCGAAACAUUGCCCGGCUGGCACCCAAGGUGCUGCCCUCUACCUCUGCGUCCCAAGUCCUCGAUGAGAACGGGCGCCGCGCUCAGUCCUUGGAUGGCACUGCUGGAAAGGCUGUCAAGCAGAGAGAACCGCCAAAUCGUCGCCAGAGCAGCGGGAGUGCCCAAGUGAGAAGUCGCAGUCGCUCCCUGGGCAGAAACAAGAAAAAGCCGGAGGCUUUGGAUGAGAGUUUUGCCUCCAGUAGCUCUGGAGACGUAGAAGAAGUCCUGGCACCGGUGAAAACCAAAGACGAUAGCCCACCGGCUGCCGCCAACUGCAGCAGCGACUUUAAGCGGGAGAUUAUGAAUGCGGAUGGCAGCAAGGACAUUUGGUAUCCCAAUGGCAAUCUGAAGAAGAUAAGCGCCGAUGGCAUGAACGUUCGCAUGCUGUACUUCAACAAGGACAUAAAGGAGACUGACAUCAGGGAGGGCACCGUGAAGUAUUACUACGCUGAGACCAAUACCUGGCACACCUCCUACCUGGAUGGUUUGGAAAUUCUCGAGUUUCCCAACGGACAGACCGAACAUCGCCGCAAGGACGGCACUAUCGAGAUCCACUUUCCCAACAACAGCAUCAAGGUGGUGGAUCCCAGCGAUGCAGAGAAACUGGAGGAGUGGCGUUAUGCGGAUGGAACCCACCUAGUGCAGCUACGGAACGGUGACAAGAUUCUGAAUCUACCCAAUGGCCAAAAGGAGAUUCACACGAAGCUGAACAAACGACGAGAAUACCCGGAUGGCACUGUCAAGCUGGUCUAUCCGGAUGGCAGCCAAGAGACGCGCUACUCCAACGGUCGCGUUCGCUUAAAGGACAAGGAGGGAAAGCUCAUCAUGGACACAGACUAUGCAAAGUAUUAGAGGCGUGCCUGUUUCCGUUG